AUGGGUAGAACAGGGAUGGAGCAGGGAUAUCAAGAUAAUAAACAGAUGGAAGAAGUCCGUGCUUAUGUGAAGAAACACAAACUAAAUGAACUCUUUUCUAUCUUUCUUCAGCUUUUGGUAUAUUAUAAACCGGAAGACCCACGUGCUUUUCUUCAGCGAGAAGUUAAACUUAUGCUAGAGGGACCGAAACCUACUCCGUUAUUUGAGGAGAAGGACCUUGAAACUAUGUUUUAUCUCAUUGAUGUAACAAAACAACAAUGGGUAACAUUAGAUCAACUUCGUAAUACAUGCAGAAAUCUGGCAACGGCUGCAGGUGGAGGAAAAGUGGCUCUUUCACCUGAACAUGAGCAGGCAAUCGAUAGGGCAGCUGAUGAGAAUGGUCUUGUGAAUAUUGAUAAGUUUAAGGAGGUUCUCUCUAUGCAGUUGCUUUCCGCAGAUGUCUGGACAACAUAUGAAGAACAGACUGAGCAAAAGAGUUAG